UUUUAUGCUAGUAGUUUAUGGUUGAGCUGGAUUGAGCUGACAAUUUCUCAUGAGCAAAAUUGAAGUAAAUCAUCACAGCAGCUGUUACAAUUUUCAUAAUACAGUUAAAUAAAAUACAUAUUAUUUAUCAUGAAUGAACAAAACAUUCCCAUUGAUAUUAAUGUUGGUAGAUUAUUGGAAUGGCUAAUCAGUAGAAGACAUUGUAAAAAAGAUUGGUAUUCAAAAGUUGUAACUAUUAGAGAAAAGAUAACCGAUGCCAUAAAAGAUAUGCCAGUCCGAGAUGAUGUAGCAUGUUUAUUGUCUACCAUUGACAUCAAUUAUUUUGACUGUCGCAAAUUGGUUGAAAUUUUAAAAGAAACCGAAGCAGAUACAAAAAAUAUGUUUGGGAGAUAUGGAUCGCAAAGAAUGAAAGAUUGGCAAGAAAUUAUGUCUUUGUAUGAAAAGGAUAAUGUAUAUCUUGCAGAAGCAGCACAAAUGUUGAUGAAAAUUGUGAAAUAUGAUAUACCCAGUUUAAAGAAACAAAUUCAGAAAUUACAACAGAUGCAAAAUGAUUUAGAUAAAGAAACGGAAAAACAUAAGAAAUCAGAGAGAACAGCAAAAGGUGAAUUCGAUGCCCUCUGUAAGCAAUUAAAUAUUUCUGGAAAAAAUAUCAGAUUUGAAUUGGCUGAAACUGCUAAAAUCGAAUUACCAAAAAUUUGUACAAAGAUAGCGGAAAAAACAAAAUCUCUCAGUGAUAUUGUUAAUUUUUAUGAAGCAUAUGUACAAUUUACAAAUGGGAAAGAAAUUAAUGAAGAUAGUAUGAAAUGUUUAAAGUAUGUGAUAGCAAAAGGAAAUACUACAGCAACAGAAUUUUUACAAGAAGAUUCAUCGCAAUUGACAUCUGACUCUGAUUUCAACAUCACUGUUGUAGAAGAUAAUAAUGAAAAACAAACAGAAGAUAUUUAUGACAUAAGAAUAGAAAGCAAUGAUUCUUAUGCAGAUAACAUCACGUGUGAGAGUUCUGAUGUAGAGUUGAUAUGUUUACAAGAUGAACUAAUAGUAGACUACCCCACUCCAACUAUUUUAGAACAUCAAACAAUGAUAGACUUUAUGAAUGAUUUAUUAGAACUGGAAGCAUUUUUGAAAAUGCGUCUAUAUGAAUUUCAACAAGAAAGUAAAGAAAAUUUGAUGACCUUUAGUCACAUGCAAGAGGCAUCAGAAAUUGUUCAACUUUCUAAUUUACAAAGUGUACAAAAUAUGUUAGACAGAAUGCAAAAUAUUAUAUCUGACAUGUCUGAUAGCAAAUAUGAACAUUUAUACUCUAUCAGAAAUCUUCCAAGUUAUGCAGAUACAUUAACCUUAUCUCUACAACGAAAAUUAGCUAUAGUUGAGAGGAUGUUAAAAUAUCAAGACACUUGUAUACAAAAGAGAAAAGAAGCGGAAGAACGUAUAAUAAGUCUACAGCCUCUUUUGAAUCAUGCAGUACAAAGAAUGAAAGAAUUACAAACCGAGAUAGAACAAGAUAUUUCAAAGAAAUAUCAAAAUAGAACUGUGCACAUAAGAGGAGGUUCUAUUUUGUAAUAAUUAUUAAAUUAUACGUUGAGUAAGACUUGCACACAGCUAUUCUCUGAACUGUUAACUCAUGAAAUAAGAGUAAACUAAAACAAAAUCAUAUUUUAUAUUUUUGUAAUAUAAAUUCCUGAGGUAAACGCUGCUAUUAAGAUACGUGCAAUCUGUAAAUACAUUAUAGAGAACAAUUAUGCUUCAUUAUGAAAUCUAUCUUUGGUAUAAUGAUACUAUUUUCUUAAUGAGUAUUGAUACAGUACGUGAAAUUACAUAAUCAUGAAAAGAUUUUGUACUAGUCUCCAAGGUGAUGAAGUACAAACAGCCUUUGUAGUCGGACAAGGAUAGCGGCGUAAGCAUUCUGCUAAUGAUCUAUCACAUUCGCAUAAACGUUGUGCACACGAUCCCGAUCCUCCCCAUUUACCAUGUUCAACGGCUAUAAAUCAAAAGAAUAUCAUCUACUAUGUCAACUACCAUAAUUUUACUAAGAUAUAACUAAUGAUAUACCUACCACAUACAGGUUUGUAACCAUGAUAACAUCUCCAAUAAUAGGGUGCAAUAUAUUCCAUGAAUAUAGGACAUUCUGUGGCAUCGUAACACCAAUCGUGCAUUUUACAACACCUAAAAAAUUACUUUUUCGUUAGGGAAACGGCAACACUUUGAUUUAUAUUACAAAAUUAAGGAAAUACCGAUCGAUUCCAUCAAUGACAUAUCCAGAUCCUAAGAAGCCACAAUAACAACCAUAUCCUUUAUAUACCAAAGGAUUACAUCCUGUAGCACACACUACCAUAUUGUAAAGAUGAAUGACACCUCUUUUAAAUCUUGUAUGAUUCGUAAGUUCACCAACACUUUUAAUUACAACCAUGGAUUUAUUUAUCAAUUGUUUACAUUUAAAUCAACUUUUAGCUAUUUAGUUAUUGAAAAUAAUAUAUACUUACAUCGUUUUGUCGGCCUUCGUAAUAUUCUUAGUAGCAUUGAGAAACGAUGAUAAAUCAAAAUGUAUACUUUUAUUCGUAUUUUUCGAAGAUCUUAAAUUUUCUAGAUACUCGGUAUGUUCCACUUGUUGAUUCUCUUCGCGCCAAUCAACGAUUGGCCCUUUGAUACUUGAAUCAUCGCGAUGAACUCUACGAAUUAAGCCAAGGCUCGUUUUUUUUAUUGUAUAUGGCGUUACAUUACCUGUACAGACAAAAUAAAUUAUUAUGGAAAAUAAUA